GUACAGGUACAGAGCAGCGAGGAUUUGGAAUUUGGGAAUGGCGGGGCUGCAGCUCUCAUCGUCCUCCCAUCUGAUUCUGCACCACAUUCCCCGCCUGUCGCCGCCGCUAAAUCUCUCUUUCCCUUCUUCACCUGUCCUCUCUUUCCUUCUCUUCAAGCGCCUCCCCGCCUCUCGCCUGCCGGCGCCCCCGCCUCAGCUUCGUUGCGUCUCCUCCGUCGCUUCUCCACUCUCUUCUCGCCCCCUUUCCUUCCCCUUGCCCGCCUUUUCUCUCUCAUCGUCUCACGCCCCUCCACUCUCCGUUCCCAAAGCUCAACUGACUGUUGAACCCGAAAUCAGCGGCGAAUACUCGGAUAACGAUGAGUAUGAUAAUGAUGGUGAUGAUGAAGCUGUGGAAGAAACGACGGUUACGGACCCAUCCGAGAGGCAUUCGAGCUCGUCGCUUUCUACGGGAGGCGGAGAAUCGGGGCCGGAGUUGCCGAAUCUAACUGUGAAGGAAAAGAAAGAGCUGGCCUCUUACGCUCACAGCCUCGGCAAGAAGCUCAAAUCUCAACAGGUGGGCAAGUCCGGGGUGACCGAUUCAGUAGCGUCGGCUCUGAUUGAAACCCUAGAGGCCAACGAGCUCCUCAAGAUUAAAAUACACAACAACUGUCCAGCGGAGUUGGAGGAUGCGGUGAAGCAGUUAGAGCAAAGCACUGGGUCUGUGGUAGUUGGUCGGAUUGGUCGGACCGUUAUUCUUUACAGGCCCAGCCUGUCUAAGCUGAAGGCGGAGGAGAAGAAGAAACAGGCUCAGAGAAUUUUCAUGAGAAAACGGCAGAGGCUGACACUGAAGCCGUCAUUUGAGGAUAACGGACCCCAACUCUCUGGGCGAGGUCGGCGGGGAAGUAGCAGAUUUGUGAGCUCGUCUUGACAUACAUCGCAAACAUCAUCCUCUGGUACUACCUGGAGGAGCAGCCGCACCACUUUCUUGUCGACGUGAAAUCCGGCAUCAAUGCUUCAGAGUAAUGAGCUUGUUAAAGAGGAAAGCAAUGGGGAAGAAUGAAGGGUGUUUCUGAAGGUAGAGAUAGAGAUCCUCCUGAUAUGAUACGAGCUUUGGCUGGGCUCAAUGAAGACUUGACGCUUGAAUUCACAUUCUAUUAGCAUUAGCAUUACGUUUGGCGGAGUGUGUAUUCCUUUGCUUCCCUUGGAGUUGGCUGAUUCCAUAUUGAACUUAUAUAUUUUCCUGUUAUAAA